AUGGAUGGCGGUUGGAAUGCUUUGGGUAACAUUAUUCAACUUUCAUCACUUUUUGUUCUGGGACCAUCUGAAGAGCUUAUGAAAACAAGUUAUGAUGCGGAAGUAAGUUUUUUUUAGGUUGAAGUCUGAUGGGGUAAAAGAGAAGUUAGGCUAAUUUGAGAGAGCAUGUUCUAAUUACAAUUCUCGAAGAUUUUUUCUGGAAGCUUCUCAAAAAUCACUCAAAAAUUUUCAAAAUUCAAGCCUUAAAAGUUCAGAUAUCCAAUAGUUUGGAGCUGUGUUUCUCUGAAAACUCCGAGUUUUAAAAAAAUUCUGCCAAUGGCUUUUUUUUAAACCACGAGACCAACUUUUGAUUCGGUUUUCAUAUCAGACUCCACCAUUACAAAACACUUUUUUACAAGGUGAAUUUCAGACAAAAUUGUACAAAGAUUUGUUCACUGGACUUGAUGAAAAACCAUUCAAUGAUCGAUAUGAGGUACAUCCAAUGCUUUUUAUUUCACAUGUUAGUGCGAUUGAUGAAGAACAACAGAUUGUGCAACUUCAUGGAAGCUUUAAAAUUGUGAGUUUCAAAAAAAAUUUCUAAACUUGAACAAAUUUUUUUUUCGCAGAAUUGGAUCGAUCCUCGUCUGAAAUGGGACCCAGAAAAUUAUGAUAAGAUUAAAGUGAUCACCCAUCCUAUUAGUUAUUUCUACCAGAAUAGAUACAACUUUACCUAUCCAAAAAUUAAUGUAAACCAUAUGUGAGUUGAGGAAAAUUUGAAACAAAACAUUCAACAAAGUUUUCCAGUCAUUAUGAUAAAGAUUUGAUGGGUUAUUACAAUGAAAUUGGAAUCAAAUAUGAUGGAACUGUAACAAUGACAACAUUUAUGCAUAUCAAAACAACAUGUUUUUUCACAUUUGGUCUCUAUCCAAAUGAUUAUCAAAAUUGUUCAUUCCAAUUAUAUACUGAAAAAUAUGGAAAUAAACUGAGGUUUUCAUCAGCUGGAGUCAUCAAAUUUGGAAAUCAAAGAUAUGAGGAAACUCCACAUAUGAAUGAUUUCAAAUUGGAAAGAGCUGAAGGUAGAGGUGGAUAUCUUUUUAAUGGAAAAUGGAUGCAAAAAGUUGAUGAGUUAGUUGAGAAUUCGAAAAGAUAUAAAUAAAAUUUCAUUUCUAGGUCACAAGAGAGAUUUGCGAUUCCAAUAUUCAAUUAUAAUUUUGUGUUCAAAAGAGUGAAAAAUUUAUAUUUUGUAGAAAUGGCCUUACCAAUGAUUUGUCAGACUGUGUGAGUUCAAGAUUUCUAUGUAUGUUCUAAACAAAUUUCAUAUUUUUUUUCUAGGUUCCUUGGAAUUUCUGGAAUUGCUAAAGGUUUUCAUGGUCUCUUCUGGCUUAUGAUUUGCCUCGUCUAUGAGAUCUACAGUAUGACGGAACUCUUCGAAAGUCUCCCUCCAGAUUAUAAUUCUAUGCCACUUAUUGGAACUCUUGGAAUAUUUUUAUUGAUCGAAACGGUAGCUUUGAUGUUUUGGAGAACAUUCACAAUUAACAUUCGAAGUUGGGAUUAUAAAAAUCUUGAAGUAUGUGAAGAUGGCACUGUUUUGAAUCCAUUUAUGGAAUUGGCUGAUAUUGGAGAUGGAAUAAUCAGUGUUCUUUUGAUCAUUCAAAUGAUCAUGAAUGUUUUAGUUCUUAUUUAA